AUGCCCCAGCAGCCCAGCCCACCCACUCUCCCGUUCGAGCUUGUGCAGGAGAUCAUCCAGUCUCUGAAUGGGGAAGACGACCGACCGACACUGCUGAGCUUCCUGCGCGUCUCCAAAGCAUGCUGGGAGACCGCCGCACACGUCCUCUACCGCACAAUCCUCCUAACCAAGGACCGGACCGAGCGACUCUUCCUCACAGGCGGUGAGGAUAUGGCGGUCGUCACAGAGAGUCCGGAGAGUCGACUUGUUCACCUAAGCCCUCGAACGCGUCGCGCUCUAAGCUUCAUCGAACGAGUCGAGCUCAAGGAUAUUGAACCAGAGCACAUCUACCUGCUAUGGGCGGCAACGACGCCUGACACGCCCCUCUUCCCCAACGCCCGUCAAGUCUGCCUGCGUCACUUCAGAGGCCGAUGGCCCAACGCCUGCCAGUAUCCGCAGAAGGACGUCCCUCAAGAUGUGGAUAUCUUCGGCCACAUCGAUCUCUGCGUCGAGAUGGAGCUCGCCUUUCGGUACAUCGAGUACCUGCCCGUCCAGAAGUACAAGAGGGUCAGCAUCCACAACGUCUGGAGUCCGCGCUUCAGCAUGACACCGUACCCGGACGAGUGGGAGGAGCUCCGCUGGUUCGAGUUCUACGCCCAGACGUUUGCUUCCAAAGUUGUCCAGCGCUUUGACGAGGCGGAAGCGUUCUUGGACGACAUCGACCCUGACGGCAAGCUCCCCCCUCUGACCUACGUUGUCCCGACGGAUGAGUGGGAAGACCUGACACUGGGCAGUCUCUCCAAGGAGAGGGGAUGGGUGCCAAGCCCCACUUCGAGGAUCCAGUUCACAUUUGACAGCGCCGACUGGCGUGCGCCGCCGUGUGUCGUGUGCGGGAAGAAGUUUGACUGGCCACAGGACACUGUCGUGAGCUACAAGGGGGCACCUCAUACAUUUAGGGCGGGAUGA